CAGUCAGUGUCACGUUGGCGCUUGUUGCAGGAGGAUUGUACGCGACUCCUACCGGUUCUAAAUCCUUCAGAAAGCAUGUCUGAAGAAACCAAUGGUCAGGCGAAUGGGUCCGUGCCUGAGGUGGAGCUUAUCAUCAAGGCAUCUACUAUAGAUGGAAGGAGGAAGGGUGCUUGUCUGUUCUGCCAAGAAUACUUCAUGGACCUUUAUCUUCUGGCUGAACUAAAGACAAUUUCACUCAAAGUCACUACAGUGGACAUGCUCAAGCCACCACCAGAUUUCAGGUCAAAUUUUGAGGCCACUCCUCCUCCCAUUCUGAUUGACAAUGGCCUGGCAGUUUUGGAGAAUGACAAGAUUGAGAGACACAUCAUGAAGAAUAUCCCAGGAGGUCAUAAUCUUUUUGUACAAGACAAGGAUGUUGCACAGCGAACAGAAAAUGUGUACAGUAAAUUCAAGCUGAUGCUUUUAAAGCGUGAUGACAACUCCAAGAACAUCCUGUUGAACUACCUUCGCAAGAUCAAUGACCAUCUUGGGGAGAGAGGGACAAGGUUCCUUACUGGAGAUACAAUGUGUUGUUUUGACUGUGAGCUUAUGCCUAAGUUACAGCACAUUAGGGUGGCUGGUAAGUUGGCCAUUCUUAUUACUGUAUAGAGAAGAGAAAAAUUAUGAUUUUCAUUCAUCUUUGUCAUAGUUGUGAGCCAUUUUCAUUGCUACCAUUGAUCUGUAUUAAGGAGAGCAAUGGUUACAUAGCUUAUGCUUUCAAAAGUUGUGGGUAAUUAAAUACCAUGACAGAUACAUUGGCCCUGUUCAAGGUAAGUAGUAAGGGGACUAAAAUUUAGAGAGAUGAUCAUUAUUGAUGAUUCUAUGUUCUUAUGUAUGUUCAUUUUUCAUCUCUCCUUGAAUCAAUCUGGGUGAAUGUAGAGCUACACUUUCAAAGGACUCGUUUCAUAUCUGCUGAUUGACAGCCAAACUCAGCUUGCUACAUUUUUGCAGCAUGUGCACAGUACACUUGUGCCAUCAAGCCAUUCCCACAAAACUCAAUAUAGCCAGCCAUCAACAUUUGCAUUGACUAUAUGAUAAAACAUCCAUGAAUAUUUGCAAAAAAACUUUCCCCAUCCUCCUCAUAUAUAUGUUGUUUGGAAUUUUGUUUUCUCUUCUUAUUGGGAAGACUCGCUGGUAGCAUAACAACUUAAAUUGAUCUGUGAUGCCUGUGUCCUAGAGAAUAUUUCACCUCGACCACUGGUGCAUCGGCUCAAAUCAGGGCAUUCCCACAACACAGUCAUUGCUUUGAAAUUGUGAGCAGUUGAUCUAAAAGCUCAAAUAAACCUAAACAUAAGGAGAAAUACCUUUCUCUCUCUCUCUCUCUCUCUCUCUCUCUCUCUCUCUCUCUCUCUCUCUCUCUCUCUCUCUCUCUCUCUCUCUCUCUCCAAGAAAUCUCAAUUACUAGAUAGAAAAGCUUAGAUGGAGUUGAGAGAUAAGUUAUAUGAGGAAUGUAGAAACAGGGAAUGAGGAGGUUGAGGAAGCAGACAGAGUAUAGCUUAAUAUUAUUGACACAUCACAACUUCUGGACUAUGAUAUUUACCUAUUAAAAUCCCCUGAGUUGACCUGUCACUCUAACUAGAAAUGAGUGCUGCUUUAUCAAGAAAGGAGUUGUCUGUACAUUACCUAAGGGUCUUUUUAUACAUCAUUCCAUUUAAGUACAAGUGCAAUACAACCAAUUGAUUUAUGGGUAAAUUUAUAUAUACAGUCAACUCUCUAUUAACGUGAGUUUGAAUAACUUGAUUUUGGUUAGAUGCCACUUGAUAUUUAAGGAGAUAUGAUUAAAUAACGCAAUUUAUUUAAUUUAGCAGGGGUUAACUCAACUCGAUGACAUCAUGUACACUCAUGUUGCUUCUGGGGGUGAACUGCACUGAGACCCUCUCAACCAGAUUUUUAAACAAUACCUUCCACCUUCUGGGAGAAAUCUGUAUUCUUAAUACCAAAUGCUGCCUUCCUGCAGCUCAGGAAGGCAAUGAUUAGGCAGGAUGUACCUUCACCGCGAAGGCGAAACAAGACCCAUGUCUUCGUCAUUACCUUUGCAUAAAUUUUGCCUAAAUACCUGUCAUUAUUUUUUUGAAAACUAAUUAACCUUAGAAACAGAAACAUAUAGGUUAUCGUUCAAAUAGCCUACUUUACAAAACUUUUAAUUGGAACCAAACCCUAUGGUGGAAUCCAUGAAACUUGUCAAUAGCAUAUCCAUAAUAACAAAGCCUUAGAGAACGACCUGAUCUGAGGAACAACAUUGCCACCACCAGCUUUCUCCAUCUCCCAAGAUUUCUAUCAGAAUUCAACUUAGCUCAUGAUCAGUUGUAUGUCUUUGUCGCUUGAUAAGUACCCAUUUAUAUAGAUAGUUGGUGGACAGUCUUCUUCCCAUAGUCUGCAUAGUUGAAGGAGAUGGCGAUUCUCUCCUGUGUUAAGGUCACUAUACGGCCACCUAUGCUUUUAUUUAGAAACACUUUACCUGGCUGACCAAGUCUAUUAAUAAAUCAUGCUCAGCAGCAAUAAUAGGGCUGGUUCUCUUCGUAAAAUUUUCCAUGUUGCCUGUGGUGGAACAGUGAGGCACUGUGGUCUGGACUGCAAGGCUCAAGCAGUUGAUGUGAUGAUAAACAAAUACCGCCAUCAGAUUAUACUCAUGGUUUAUUUUGAUAAAUGCAUUAAUAAUAAAUAUAUGGAAUAAUAUUCCUGGCAUAUAAACUCAUACAACAAAUCACAUUGAAAUAAUAACUUUAUGAUUUCCUGGAUGAGAAAGAUGUGCAGGUGAAAUCGUGUGUUUUUAUUGUUUCUGUGACUUAUGAUUUAUUAAUAAUCAAUAGUAUUUUUAAGGUUUGAAUA